CUUGCGAAUCGGGGGAGGAGGAGGAACUUGAAGGAACUUCGAGGAGUUAAGGUGCUUCGAGGAGGCCAUGAAUGGGAGCAGCACAAGCAGGGUAAUGGGGAUCGAAAACAGGUGAUGCUAGGGGUUGAUCGUCUCGAUAUGAUUAAGGGAAUACCACAGAAGAUACUUGCAUUUGAGAAGUUUCUUGAGGAGAACCCUCUAUGGCGUGAUAAAGCACUUCAGACUGGAGUUUAUUGAGGAG